AUGGAAGGUUUCGAGCCAUCUCCCAGCGCUCACGCGCUUAACCAUGACUCCAUGGUCACCGUCGCGUUAUCCGAUAACCAGUCCAGUUCAGAGCACACCCAACCGGAUUGGCGCACUCUUGACAUCCCUCCAACUCCAGUGGAGAUGAGCCAUCUUGAGAAGGAGAGUGAGGACUCUUUUGGACCGGUGCCAUUACAGGACGCGGCGAGAACCACUCCUACUCCCGAAACCCCAGGUGUGAACAGGGAGAGGCAGACAGGCGAAAUGUUUGACAAUGAGGUGGAUUGGGAGAACCUUGAUAAGACAGAGGAACGAGAACCGCGUGGGGAGGGGUCCGAUGAAUCUACGGCCCUACUCCUCGCUCGACUCGAACAAGAAAACAACGCUUUAGCGACCAACCCCAAAUCCGGGAUAACAGAGGUUCCUGAUGGCAAGAUACACCAGCGGCAAUCCCGCUCCGAGUCUCUACACCAGAUCAAGCGACUCAUUAAGGAUCCCACUCGGGCAGAGCUGCGGUACUCGCAGCUACCCCCUCCUCCGAUGACCGAAUUAGAGUUUUGGGCUGCACUUGUUGCCGAUUAUCAUCAGACUGCCCAUCGUUUGCCGACAUUGACCUCGAAUAAGAUUCAAGGAGGUGUGCCUCCGCCAUUGCGAGGAGUGGUGUGGCCUAGCCUAGCGGGCGCACGCGAUCCUAAUCUGUUGAAUGAAUUCCAGAGACUUUCGGGUGAAAGCAGUCCUUACGAUGGCCUGAUUGGAAAAGAUAUUGGUCGCAGCUUUCCCAAUGUUGAAAUGUUCCGCGACCCGAACGGCGAGGGCCAACAAAUGCUCGGCCGAGUAUUGCGAUGCUUCAGUCUUUAUGAUACCAAGAUUGGCUACUGCCAAGGUCUUGGAUUUGUGGUAGGCCCUCUACUCAUGCACAUGUCAGAUGCUGAGGCCUUUUGUGUUCUUGUCCGCCUCAUGGAUCAUUACAACCUCCGAACUUGCUAUCUUCCGGACCUUUCUGGUCUCCACCUUCAUGUUUAUCAGUUCCAAAAUCUUCUAGCACGUCACAGGCCGGUCCUGUUCCAACAUCUGGAAGCACUGCACGUUGAGCCGGUCUACGUAUCGCAGUGGUUCUUAUCAUUCUUUGCGGUGGCAUGUCCGCUGCCGAUGCUUCUCCGAAUUUACGAUGUAAUUUUUUUGGAAGGCGCAUGCGAGACUUUAAUGCGAGUUGCACUUUCCCUGAUGCAGCGCAACGAGAAAAGAAUUUUGGCUUGCAGCGAAUUUGAAGACGUGAUGCAACUGUUAUUAUCUCGAAGCUUGUGGGACACAUAUGCCUUCAAUGCUGAUGAUCUUGUUAAUGAUUUCGUGUCUCUCACCCCUCUCGUGACGAACGAGAGUCUUCGAACUCUUGAAGCCAGCUACCACCAAUCUAAAGGCUCACCAACGGGACCCUCCCCGCAGAUGCAGGCAACGGCUUCUGGCUUCCUUGGGCGACUAUGGGCUGGCUCAAACUCUCACAAUUCGGUCAAGUCGCUUAAUCCGAAUACUAACCGGUCACGUCAGAACAGUACAAUUCGUCGCUCUACCUCCAAACAGAGCCUUACAUCUACUCUCAACUCCAUUGAAACUACAUCCGACGCAAGUACCGCUGCCACUGAACUAUCAGCGGGUGCAGCUAGCGCCGAUAGUCAGAAAUCGCGCGUUAAAUCCAACAUGUCUUCACAUCACAAAGACCGCGACCUCCAUACCCAAAUUGAAGAGCUCUUGAUGGCGCUCAGCGAUCUUCAGCGCCAGCAAGCCAACCUCACACGUGAACUGCAGCAGGAGAGGGAGGAGCGGGAGGAAGACCAUACACUGGCCAAGGAGAUGUUGAACCAAAUCAGAGAACAGCCGACUGAGACACAACCGGCCGAAUUAAUAAACAAAGCGCAAACACGUUUUGAAUCGGUCAAACCGAAGCGUGUUUCGAUCACCCAAACCAAACUCCAACUCAAUGACGAUGUUACUCGAUGGAAGGAAAUGCACGAAGUGGAAGCCGGUCGUUGCUUGAACCUCACCCGGCGCAUCGACGAUUUCGAACAGGAGAACUCGUCCCUCAAGGAGCAAUUACGAGAAGCCCGGGGCCGGAUUCAAGACGGUCAUCGGGAUCGACAGCGGCUCGAGCGCAUGAACCGCGAGCUGCGUAACCUCAAAACUCCUAUAUCCGAAAUUCCGCUAGACACAACGUCUUCUUCUGCGGUUGACUCUGGGGAGUCUCAAUCUCCCACUAGUGGUCUGCGCGAGUUCAAGCUAGCCCGCACCAACUCGGCAAAAAGCCCCACAUAUAACAGACGGACAAGCAGCCUGGGUCUGCAGAGAGUUUUGUCGAUGGAGAGUAAUAAAACUCCCCCGGACGACACGCUGCUCAUGGACUUGGUUACUGCCAAGACGGCAGAGGCGGUUGCUAGGCAGGAACUUGAGGAAGUAAAGGGCAAGUUGGACGCAUUGCGGAAAAUGAUUAAGACCCAGGCGGCAAAUCCUGAAAACCGCCAUUCCUUUGUUGGACUAUCGCAGUCGCGGAUCAGCUUGGCGAAUAAAUCUCCCACUGAAGGUCCGAAGACACUUGGAACACCACCCAGCAACAAUGGCGGGGGAUUUUUCAGUGGAUGGGGUCGACGAGCUGGGACUGACUACCCUCCCCCUACAGCGCCCCCUACGCCCCCUACGCCCCCUACCGACCCUACCGACCCUACUCCUACAGAAUCUAUUGACCCGUUCCCGAGCGAUUAUGCGGGUCAAUAUCGAAUUUCGCCUCAAGUGAUCAACGACCCCUAUCCACACUAUGAUGCGGAAGGGACAUCGACGUCAAAUGGUUCUUACCAGCCAUGCAUUGGACCUGGCGGGCAACCCCUGACUCGCAAAAAUGAAGAUAUGAUGAUGAGCGGGUUUCGUUGGAAUACUUCAGAUUUCCCAACACCAAUUUUUGGAUCGUAUGAGUCGUGGAAUUUGAACAACAGCCUCUGUGCCGAUCGCUACUCCCGAUAUGGCGCAUAUGGUUACCUUCAGGGCAAUGCAACCACUCAAAUCCACGAUUCGCAUAAAAAUGGUUCCAAUGAGACCGUCGAAAUAGACUGGAAGAUGGUCGACUGGGCCAAUUUGCAAGAUCAGUGUCUGCAGCGCAAUAGCGAUCGAUAUCGCACGCAACCAUCUGAAGAAAAGAUUGUCGCUCUGUACAAGUCACUGGACAAGGAUUUAAAGCCCCGCGAGCCCUUGAACGAAACAAGCAAGAUCCAACCCCGGACAGCUGUUAUACUGCGCUCUUGGAUCGGUAUGAAAUACACCAAGAACGACUUGUAUCAUAUUCGAUCUAUGAUUAUGGAGUUGGCACUCUACUCGGGUGCGGAAUAUGAAGUUAUUCUCAUGAUCGACUGCCAGGGCGAGAAAUUGCCCACAAAGACUGAUCGUGCGGCCUGGAAGGCAUUCGAAGAGAAACAUUUGCCACAGGAGCUGCGCAGUCUGGCGGUAUGGUUUAACGCGGAUAUGCUGAACGCUUGGUAUCCUGCGAUUGAGGUUCAUGUAGCGAUAUUGCAAUAUUUCCAGCCCACGCAAAUCUUCUCACGACUACACCCUCAAUACGACUACAUCUGGCAGUUUGAGAUGGACUCGCGAUAUACCGGCCAUAUGUACGACCUUUUACACAAGGCAACAGAGUUUGCGAAACAGCAGCCACGAAAGUAUCUGUGGGAGCGUAACUCUCACUUCUAUAUUCCCGCUGUCCACGGCACCUGGGAAGAAUUCACGAAGAAGGUGGAUCAGAAAAUGCGUGGCCAUGACAACGGCACUGUUUGGGGUCCUCGACCCGCAGAAGGCAUCGACAUCAAAGGACAAGCCAUUAUGCCACCUGUGCCACACCCAUCAAACGAAACAGGGACAUGGGGUGUGGGCGAAGAAGCCGAUCUGAUCACCUGGUUGCCUCAUUUCAACCCAGUUGGUACGGAGUGGCCUUUCCGUGAUCGCGUCUUCAAUUUCCCUCAAGACCAGGAGACCCCACGCUGGGCAGCUGUCGUGGCAAUGUCUCGCAUCUCGGCGCGACUUCUCGCCCUGGUGCAUAACGAUAAGGUGAAAUCGGGGGUCGGACUCGCUUCUGAGAUGUCUCCUAUAUCAUGGGCUUUGUACUAUGGUUUGAAGGCGGUUCAGGUUCCUCAACCGGUGUACCAUGAUUCCAAAUGGGACCCGGAAGAAUUGAACCGUCGCGCCAACCCGGGUGAACCUGGAAAGGUCAACGCUGGAAUGGACAGUAUCUGGAGUUGGGGAAAACAUGAUGAUAUCCUCUACAAUACGACGUUUAUGUUUGACUCGAAAUUUGCAGAGAGGUUAUACAGAGCCUGGAUGGGCUAUGACAGUGCCAAAGAGUGGGAGAAGGAAAACUCUCGACUCUGUCUUCCUCCUAUCUUUUUACAUCCAGUCAAGAACAUUGAGUCCGUGAAGACAUAG